AUAGCUAUGUUGUUCAAUAUUCUUACAAUCCUUGGUGGAAUUGUUGCCUUUGCAGCAGCAAACCAAAACCGCAUCCCGCGUUGUUGCAAUGCGCUCGAAAUCAUCGCUGAGCUCCGUGGCGAGGUCUACUUGCCCGGGUCAGAUGCCUACGCAGACCGAAUCGAGACUUACUUCUCCAAGAGUGCCGCUUUGGAGCCCUGGUGCAUGGUGCUGCCUUCAACAGCCGAAGACGUGUCACUCAUUGUCAAGGCUUUGGUAGCGAAUGACUGCCCCUUUGGCGUUCGGAGCGGCGGGCAUAGCUCGCAUCCUCUCUCCAACAGUGUCGAGAAGGGCGUCACAAUAGACUUUGGCCACAUGAACGGUACCACCUGGAACCCAGAUACAGGUCUCGUGUCCAUCCAACCCGGCAGCCGCUGGCAGAACGUAUACGACGUGCUCACGCCCCACGGCAUCACCGUCGCAGGAGGCCGUGUCGGCUCUGUCGGCGUGGGUGGCUUGCUCAGCGGCGGUGGCAUCUCCUUCUUCGCCGCCUCGCAUGGAUGGGCUUGCGACAACAUUGCCAGCUACGAGGUGGUGCUUGCUGACGGCUCCAUCGUCUACGCCAAUGCCCAGGACAAUCCGGACUUGUGGCAGGCUCUCAAGGGAGGUAGCGCCAACCUGGGUCUUGUUACACGCUUCGAUAUGCGCCCGAUUGAGCUUGUUGGUCCCUCGAAGGGGACUAUCUGGGGAGGCAAUCUGAUAUUUGGAUCGGAGUCGGGGAGUGAUCUUAUCAACGCUUUGGUAGACUUUACUGAUAAUGUGUACCAAGACGAGAACAGUUCGGUCAGUGUGUCCUUCUCGUACCAGCCUAAGUUAGCGGGAGGUCUGGUAGGUCUGGUUUCCAUUGAAAACACUCUCGCUCUGAGCAAUCCACCGGCUUUUGACGGUUUCUACGGGAUCGGGGCCGUCCUAAACGACACCACCAGGGUUGACACCAUGUCGGCACUCUCCAGAGAGCUCUCGGAGGGUCAACCCAUGGGAUUCCGCAAUAUGUUCAUCACUGCAUCAUUCAACAAUGACCCACGACCGAUGAAAUACGCCCUCGAAAAGGCCAAUAAACUCAACGCCGAACUCGAAGAAAUUACCCAGACCCUAAGCGCAAACUUCACAACGGUCUACACCGUCCAACCGGUCACGAAAUCCAUCGUUGAGAAGAGCAUUGCCAAGGGGGGCAAUGUUAUGGGCCUAGAUCGCUACCUCAAUGAUGGAAACGGUAUCCUGUUCCUGCUUAUUGUAUCUACAGACGACGCUGAGAUAGAGCGGCUAGCGAUACCCAAGGCUGAGGCGCUCGUGAGAGAUGUUGAGGCUUACGCGGAGGAACUGGGCCUGGGACGGGAGUGGAAGUACCUGAAUUACGCGCACGGGAGUCAGGAUGCAAUUACCACAGUUGGCGAGGAGGCACUUGGCAAAUUGCAAGCUGCUUCGGCAAAGUACGAUCCCAAUAGAGUUUUCCAAAGGCUGCGAACUUCGGGGUUUAAGAUCCCGCAGGAAAAAUGA